AAUGUUACUCUUCUUGAUGCUUGAGUCAAAAACACGUCUACACUUUAAUAUUAUUGUGAUUUUUAUUUAGACUUUAGUUUUUGUUUUUGAAUAAAAGAUGAUAAGAUAUCGUGGCAAAAAAAAGGUAAUAGACAAGGUGAAAGAAUUAGAUGCUUUUUCAAAGGUUCCUGAUGAAUACGUGGACAGUACGCCGGUAGGAGGAACAUUUUCAAUUAUAACGUUUUUUAUUAUCAUGUGGCUCGUUUAUAGUGAAGUUUCAUACUUUCUAGACAGCAAUCUGGCUUUCCGGUUUAUGCCAGACACAGAUAUGGAUGAAAAGUUAAGAAUAAAUAUAGAUAUCACCAUUGCAAUGCCUUGCUCCAAUAUUGGGGCUGAUAUUUUGGACUCUACUUCACAAAGUGUGUUUGGCUUCGGUGAAUUGCAGGAAGAAGAUACCUGGUGGGAACUUACACCAGAGCAAAAGAAUGCCUUUGAAGCAGUGAAAUAUAUGAACUCUUAUUUGAGAGAGGAAUAUCAUUCUGUGUGGCAAUUACUAUGGAAAAAAGGUCAUGGGUCUGUCAGAGCUACUGUUCCCCCUCGGAAAACUAAACCUAAUCGGCGACCAGACGCCUGUAGACUACAUGGAGUGCUCACAUUGAAUAAGGUUGCUGGAAACUUCCAUAUAACAGCCGGUAAAAGUUUACAUUUACCAAGAGGGCACAUACACUUAAAUAUGCUCUUUGAUGACACCCCACAAAAUUUUAGCCACAGAAUAAAUAGACUGAGUUUUGGCAGUCCCGCCAAUGGUAUUAUAUAUCCAUUGGAAGGAGAUGAGAAAAUUACUUCAGAUGAGAGCAUGUUAUAUCAGUAUUUUCUAGAAGUUGUGCCAACUGAUGUUGACACUACAUUCGAAUCUAUCAAGACCUUCCAGUACUCCGUCAAAGAACUGGCACGGCCUAUCAGCCAUAGCAAAGGCUCACAUGGCGUGCCGGGAGUGUUCUUCAAAUAUGAUAUGGCAGCAUUGAAGGUACAAGUCUACCAAGAAAGGGAAAAUUUACUGCAAUUUAUGUUGCGUCUAUUCUCUAUAAUUGGUGGCAUUUAUGUCAUAAUUAGUUUUAUUAACACUAUAGUUCUUACCGCUAAGACAUUGCUAGUUAAGAAGCCAGAAGUUAAGAAGAAUGAGGAUUCUUCACCCAAGUAUAUGAAGAAGAAUCUCUUGUUGACAACACCUGAUCUCAUCCCGUUGGACUUAUCAAAUCAAUGACAUUUGUUCCAUUUUAUUAUGACUUUUAUGAUAUAUGUAUAUAAGAUUGUUAUUUUAUUGUAAGAAAAGUUUCAGUCUCCAGAACUUUUUUAAAUGUUAAUCAAAUUGAAUCUGACUAAUUAGUCAUAAUUUAUAAACAUAAUCUUUUGUAUGUUUCUUCCAAAUUUGUAUGUAAUUUUUUAUCUUGUAAUGUUUUAUGUAUGAAAGUAUAUUAAAUGUUUCUAUAUAAGUUACUUAAAUUACAAAAUUUUUUUUUUCAACAAUAUUUAUUAAUCUUAUUGUUAUAAUGAAACUCCAAACACGUGUAAAUAGAAACCGAUAAUAAAAUUAUUUAAGACUUUAUAAA